CGUGUCAAAUUUCGAGUUUCAGAAUAUUGUAUAGCUGUAUGUUGAUGGAUUUGCUAUGUUUUAGUAAUUAUGUACGAAGGAAUGGAAAUGAUAAAUAUCUGUUCUGGUCAAAUAAUUGAAUCUAAUGGAAGUGGAGGUGAUUUUUCCAGAUGUUUCUGUGGUGUAAAUUUGUGGGCUUUCUUUCUUUACCUAACCUUUUUAAAACUCUCUCUCUCUCCUCCUUUUCAAUCUUACCUUACAAAUUCUUUUGCUGUGGGUUUUCUUUCUUUGAUUUCUUGGAGCUUUCCUUUUUUUUUUUUUUUCUCUCUCUCUAAUUCUUGUUGAGAAGAUAUCAAAAGACUAGUUGGUGAUAUUGGCAAAAGAACAAAGAAUGGAGGAAGCAUUGGCAGCACGGUAUUGGUGUUACUUGUGCUCUCAAAUGGUGAAUCCCAUUAUGGAAGCUGAGAUCAAAUGUCCAUUUUGUCUUGGUGGAUUUGUAGAAGAAAUGAGUAGUAACACAAGGGACAAUCAGGAGCCUGAUUCUGAUUUUAGUUCUGAUCGUGCCCUCUCCCUCUGGGCCCCAAUCUUGCUUGGAAUGAUGGGAAAUCCCCGUCGCAGAAGAAGAUUAAGGAGAAGGGAAUUUGAAGAAGAUGAUGAUGAUAAUGAUGAUGGUGAGACACGACAUGGAGGAGAGAUUGAUAUAGACCGUGAACUUGAGUCAUUCAUGAGGAGAAGGAGAAGAAGCUCAGCUACAAUAUUACAAUUGCUUCAAGGAAUUCGAGCGGGAAUGGCAUCAGAAUCAGAGAAUUCUGAAGGAGAUAGGGAUAGAGAUGGAGAUAGAGAUAGGGAAAGAGAUAGGGAAAGAGACCGCGUCAUUUUGAUUAAUCCGUCGAAUCGAACUAUCAUUUUUCAGGGUUCAUAUGAUUCUAGCAAUGGUCAAGGCCAGAAUAAUGCUCCCAUUGGGUCAUUAGGUGAUUAUUUCAUAGGACCUGGUCUGGAUUUGUUAUUGCAACAUUUGGCUGAGAAUGAUCCAAAUAGAUACGGAACUCCACCUGCCCAGAAGGAAGCCAUUGAGGCAUUGCCUACUGUGACCAUAAAGAAUACUUCACAAUGUUCAGUAUGUUUGGAUGAUUUUGAGAUUGGCACUGAGGCAAAGGAAAUGCCAUGUAAGCAUAGGUUUCAUGAUGUGUGCAUACUGCCAUGGCUGGAACUUCAUAGUUCUUGCCCAGUUUGCAGGUUUCAGUUGCCUGCUGAAGAGUCCAAGUUCGAUUCUGCUGAGAGGUUGCAGAAUCACAGUGAUCAGAGGGGAAGCUAUAAUAAUAAUAUCAGUACCACCACCAGCAGCAAUAAUAUUAAUAAUAAUGAUGAUGAUGAUAAUAAUCACAGUAGUAACAUUGAAGAGGGAGAAGGUGAGGGGAGAAAUGGGAAUGGAAGAAGGUUUUCCUUUCUAUGGCCUUUUAAUAGUUUGUUCUCAUCAUCCUCAGGAUCUCAAUCUGGUGGAAGCAAUUCAUCCUCAAAUUUAUCAUCCUCUUUGGGAAAUGCUCCUGGAAGCUCUUCUCAAACAGAUGAGAAUUGAGUUUGAUUUUUUUCUUUUUCUUUUUUUGGUUUAUUGAAAGUUGCCAUUGUCAUUAGCUUCUUGUUCUAUAUAUCGCUUGAAUGUGUUGCCUUGUCUGUGUACAUAGUAUCUUUUUCUUUUGUUUUUUCGUUCUUGUUUACUGAAGGUUGGAAGUCUUGGAACAACAGAUUGUGUUUUCAUA